CAGUGUCGCCCCAUCUACAUAGAUGUACCACUUCUCUACGUUACAAUUGCAAACGGUCCGUUUAAGCAGCCAAUACUGUGGGCUGUACUAGGUUACAUAUUACUGCAACAAUCCUGGGAAAGAAGAGACCCUGUGCAAGUGCAUUUUUUCUCUUUCACUGACGGAAUAAAGUGCCCGACCAUCUACAACAUCCUAACUUGAAAAAGGUGUUCGUGUGGCUAAAAAACUUCCGAGACAGCACUUUAGCCCGGACGUGGAGGAUGGACUCACUGUGAAGAGAUUCAGUCUUGACCUCAACUGUGUCCAAAGCACACAGCCAGUAAGCCCCUGUUCUUUGGCCAGUGCGCUCACUCUCCAGGGAGACAGGGAGGUGUGGCGUGAAUGGACCUUCACCGUCCCGCCUUCAAGAUGGACAGCUCCUCCUACCUUCCCGGCCCCCUGGCAUCUCCGGCACUUAUGGUGUUGGCCUCCACCGCUGAGUCUGGCCGCGAUGCCUCUGUACCCUGUCAGGCCCCGCGCCCUUUUGGGGUCCCCAUCUCCGAGAAGGACCUGCACCUCCCCUUUCCCCAUGGGUCUUACUCCUUCACCUCCAUGUACCACCGCCAAGGCCCAGGGACCAGCCACGGCCCCUUCCCUGCCAGGGACUUCCCUGCCUCCCUGCUCCACCUCCACCCCCAGUUCCACCCCCCCAACCUGGACUGCUCCUCCCUGGGGAUGCUGAACCCCAGCGGGGUGGGGGCCUUCAGGCCGUUCUCCCCUCCUGAGGAGAGGGGUUCCAGGGGUUAUCCGUCUGCCUUCACCCCUGCUAAGAGGCUCAAGGGCUGCUAUUCAGACUCAGACGGGACGGAGUAUGACUUCGGAGGGGGGCGUGUCCUCUCUGCCUCGCCGGGGUCCCUCACGGCUUCUGAGGGUCCUGGGAGGAAGUUGUUUGCUGUUUCUGGGCUGCUGUCAGACAGGGAGGCCACGUCCAGCCCAGAGGACCUUACGGAGCACUGUAAGGGCCCGGUUCUGUUUGACCCCCGCGCCCCCCUGUGUCCUGUGUGCCAAGCUGUGCUGAGGCCCGGGGAGCUGCAGGGCCACGUGGACCAGGAGAUGGCCCGGCUGAAACAGAUACAGAUCAGUGACUCUGUGCAGAGAGAUCAUCCAAUAGGAGCAUCCAAGUCUCUCUCACUGUCUCUCCAUAUUAAAUGUGAGGGGGGGUCACCAAACUCCCCCCCCCGUGCUUCAGAAGACCCCCACUCAGACAGAUACCAGACCUUUCUGCGUGUGAGGGCCAACAGACACACAAGAUUGAAUGUCAGAAUCAGCAAGCUGAAGAGGAGGAGACCUGAUCAUGGCCAGGACAUUUUGGUGAACCUGGGUGGGGAGGAACAGGACUGGGCUGAGCAGAGGAGGAUUCACAUGACCUCCAUCCUGGGGGGGGUUAAAGGGCCUGUGUUGCUGAGCAGAGUCCUUAAGGAAGGCCGGGACAGUGACGGGGACCUGGAUGUGGAUGGAGACGACACUCUGGAGUACGGAAGAGCACAAUACACAGAGGCUGACAUCAUCCCCUGUUCAGGACAUGAACCUGGGGAGUUGGGGGACAUGGAACAACUGAGGGGGGCUGUUUUAAAUGGUGGGACAUUGUCGAACAGAGUAACUCUAGAACGUUCCAAAUGGACAACUGAGGGUAGUCCGUCUACCAGCCAUGGAGAAAACAGCCAGCUGGACAGCAGUGUCAGCUCCUUACACAGAAGCUGUAUCAACAGGAACAUUGAGAUGGUCCCUGAGGGUUCUGCGCUGACAACACUGGAUGCAUUAAAGACUCAGAUACGGGACCUAGAGAAGCAGCUGUCCAGAGGAGACCGAAACAAAUGCCUCAUCUGCAUGGACACGUACUCAACUCCCCUCACCUCAAUCCAGUGCUGGCAUGUCCACUGUGAGGAGUGCUGGCUCCGCUCUCUGGGGGCCAAGAAGCUGUGUCCACAAUGUAACACCAUCACCUCUCCUGGAGACCUGCGACGGGUGUUUCUGUGACUGGGAGGGGCCAGAAAAGCCUGAACCCCUCUGGGGGUGGGUGGGGUCAGCAACUGAACUAUUAACCUUUGACCUUUGAAGGGAAUGUAAGGGCAGCUGGCCUGUCAGAGAUUGCUCUCGUCUUUGCACCUUAACCUACAGUACACACAAACUCCCAACAAAGGGACCGUUAUGGAAUAUUGCACAAUGAUCAGCCCUCAUGACCUUUGACCUUUAGAUUUAGCUCUUAUCUUUGGAUUGCCAUUUUGGACGACAUUCAUUUUCUACCUAGAAUCACUCCCAACACUGCUGAGGCCAGUCACUUCAAAAAGGAGGACUCAGCUCAUUAAUGACCACAGACAUGUCCACAACUAAAGUCAUUAGAACUUGUAUACUGUACAAAAGCUAUUAGAUGGCUUUAGAUUAAAACCACCUUGAGAUACUGGACUUUUAUUCUGUAUUGUAUGUAUACUCUUUUUAAAAUAAUAAUUGUCUGUUUUUAACAAGAAAAAGCUCAUGUAAACAGUGUUGUGAAUGUUUGCUAUUGUUUAUAUGAAUUAGAUUUAACUCUCCAAUUGUGUUAACAGUCAUGUUCCAUUAGUCAUGUUUUAUAU